GUUUUGGUCACGUGGUGCAUACGUCAUCACUGCGCGCCCGUCUUUUAGAUUCAGCUGCAUACAAACACAGAUGAGCGGCGUGGAUAAAACUGCUCUAGACCUUGUGAAGGUCCAUGGAGGAGGAGGGUAUGACUCAGAUUUCAGUGAUGAUGAUGGUGGUGUUGGAGGAGGGCAGUCCAAAUAUGGUGAGAAUAGGGAAGGUAAAGACGAGCUGUUACAGAAGCCAUUCCAGAAAGGAAAACACACCAAAGUGGCCCAUAAAAAUGUUGCUGCCCAUGAAUGGGACAGAGAGGAAGCCAGAAACCGACGGCAACACCUGAUAUCAAUGAACGCUUUUGAGCGUCAUAAGAAGUUUGUCAGCGAUUACAUUCUGUACUAUGGAGGAAAGAUUGAGGACUUCAGGCGAUCCAUGUCUAAAGAUAAGACAGAUCUGGAUGUGGUGAGAGAGAACCACCGUUUCCUGUGGAGAGAGGAGGAUGAGGAGGAUAUGACAUGGGAGAAAGAGCUCGCAAAGAAAUACUACGAUAAGCUCUUCAAGGAGUACUGUAUCGCUGACCUCAGCAGAUACAAAGAAAAUAAGGUCUGUCUUGUCUUUUUAACCUUGUAACGCCUGACGUAUGAAAUGAUAUGAUUCGAAAUGGAACAGUUUAUUGAA